GAAAAAAUUUAUAUGUUUCAAACUAUAUUUUAUAAAUAUUUUUAAAUUUAUAAAUAAAAUCGUCACAAUAUGUCACACUUGCCAGUGUCCCAUUGACACGUGAGAAUCAAUAUCAUUUACACUUAUUUUUCCAUUUUAUAGAUUUUAGAUAUUUAUAAUAUGGGAUUAAAUAGAAGCACAACGAUGUCAAAAACUGAAAAUAUUUAUUUCAAAGAAAAAAGAUGAACUAUAUUUUAUACAAAUUAUAUGAUCACAAGAAUUCUUCAUAAUUCUUUUUAAUAUGAAUCUUAAAUGAUUAUUUGACAUAAGAACUGUGUAAGAGAGUUAAACAGUUUUAUAAUUACUUAAUAAAGAUAUAUUUGGUAUUUUUAAAUUGUUGAUUGAUGGGUACUCGAGCAGCAGCCUUUACUGCCAAAGUUCGCCAUCUUCUGGAUUAUAACACUCGAAUUCAACAAAGUAUUCUUCCUUUACCUUCAGGAACAGAUGUAGCCAAUACAUUGAAAUAUUUUUCACAAACUUUACUUGGUGUGCUUAAAGAUGUUCCUACUAUUCCACUUACUGUUAUUCGUUCAUCAGAAAAGGAUCAUUAUCGAACGUCAUUAUUUCCUUGUUUAGAUUAUAAAGGAUUAUAUCAUGCUGUUGUUCAGUUAGUGGAUUCAGUUCCUUUAGUUCAAUAUGGAGCACAUGGUCAUGUUUUGCAACUUAUGAAUGAAAGGCUACAUAUUGGGUUUUUUGAAGAAGAAAUAUUGCAAAUAUUUUGUGAUUUAUGUGAAGCUGUUUCACGCUUACAUCACUGUCAGACUCCAAUUAUUCAUAGAGAUUUAAAGCUCACAUAUCUGCAAGAAGAAUCAAUGCAUCUUGAAGAGAGUCAAAUAAAAACAAUCAGAAUACAUGGAAUUAUUGUAUUUUAUUUUUUUAAAGCACUUCGCUACCAAUUACUUGAAUGUUUAAUGAGCAUGAAAAAAGAUGUGAUGAAGGAUAUGUUUUGUGUAAUUGCGCACGGCACAGCUAAAGCAAGAAGUCAUGCUAUUGAACUAUUGUUUCAGUACUGGCCAUCUUUAAAUAAAUGCAUUCAUGAAAGGAAGGGCUUGACUUUUAAGCAUCAUGGAUGGAAACCAUUAACAUGUCAACAAGAAAAUUGCUUAAGUCCUGUCAAUAAUGAAGUAGUCAAGAUAUGUUUUGACCAUGUGAUAGCUAUUGGAUCAGGAGAACAUGCUCCUCCUCUUCAUGUUUGCCAAGAUUGUGCAGAUCAAAUUUAUCGAGAACAUUCUUCUAAUCUUUUCGAUGUUCUUUUACCAAUAGAAAAUAUUUCAGCAGUGUGUGAAAACAAAAAUUGCCGUUCUACUGAUAAUUCUGCAGUUGCAACAUGUUUUUCUGUUGAAUGUGCUAGGAGUAAUGGCAAUAAGCCAAUAAAAUACUGCAAAGAAUGCCACUUAAUGUAUCAUGAAAAAUCUGAAGAAAGUCAUAUGGUGCAUGGAAUUAUUCCAAGUCCAUGGGAAGUUGAUCUUGAAACUCAAUGCUACAUGGUUGAAGCUAUUAUAAGCUUAUUAAGAGAAGCACAACCAAAUCUUAACAAAUUAGUCAGAGAAAAUGGAGGAGAUAAACAUAAUAUUGAUGAUGAUGAUGAUGAUGGUAUUACAUCAUUAGAAGAAAGACAGCUACUAAGUCAGUUUGGUAUAUGGUUAUUAGUUGGACUUUGUGGUCCCAAUGAGGAUACUCCUAUUGAAACUUUAGGUCGGUUAUUAAGUAUGUUAUUUCAAUGGUUUCAUUACACAGCUUGUUUACCAGAUGAUCAAGCUGGAAAUGCACUAGAAAGAUUGAAAACUGAGUAUAUUCAUAGAUGGUUAAUGGGAAUAGUAAAAACACAUUUUAAUAUAUUUGUAUCAUGUCUGCUUCCUCAUCCAGCUGAAUAUGCACAAGUUGGUGGUCAUUGGGAUAUGUGGCCUUCACAAACAUACCGUAUCAAAGAAGGAUUCAAGCGAUUAUUAUGUCUGGUUCCUUAUGAUAUUAUAACACCUGAUAUUGUUCUUGUUUUAAUUAUUAGCAAAGUUUUGGAUCCUGAUUUAAGUCCUCUUGGAUUUAGUACUCAGGAAAUGUAUAGAUUUCUUAGUUCAAGAUUUGAAAAUUCUACUGCCCCAGUACAAGAACAAGCACUCUAUUGGUUACAGAUACUUACUAUGCUGGAAGUUCCUAUUCCUUUAAAUUUAAUAUUGACAAUGUUUAGUAAAGGUGUUAUUUCCACUAUUGAAAUACAAGAAGAAGUGAAAGGGAAAAUAUCAAAAGUUAUUCCAAGACAACAAAGUACAGUUGGUCUAGCAAAGAAGACAGACAUAAAACAAGGAUCAGGAACUGAUGAAUCAUCAAAUGUUGCUGAAGAAUUCAAUUUAACACAAAAUAUUGAAUAUAAAUCUGAAGCUGAAAUAAAUUUAACAUGCUUCAUAUUGAUGAUAGAUACAUUAAUUAAACAGUUAGAGCUCCAAGAGGUAUCACAGCAUAAAGGAUUGGAACAAGAAGAAGCUCAAAAAGUCAUGGUUCUAUUACAUGACAUUAUAAAAGCUCCAUGGAUAGGCAUUCAUACAUGUUCAGAAAGUGAGAAUGAUAAAGAAGAUGGCCCAUGCUUAUUUUGUGAAAUGUGUGCUGUUUGGUAUCAGUUAGCUAUGGUGUUAAUGGAAUAUUUUUGUCCUGUAAUGGAAGCUACUAUGGCUGAUAUUGUUCUUGUUUUAAUUAUUAGCAAAGUUUUGGAUCCUGAUUUAAGUCCUCUUGGAUUUAGUACUCAGGAAAUGUAUAGAUUUCUUAGUUCAAGAUUUGAAAAUUCUACUGCCCCAGUACAAGAACAAGCACUCUAUUGGUUACAGAUACUUACUAUGCUGGAAGUUCCUAUUCCUUUAAAUUUAAUAUUGACAAUGUUUAGUAAAGGUGUUAUUUCCACUAUUGAAAUACAAGAAGAAGUGAAAGGGAAAAUAUCAAAAGUUAUUCCAAGACAACAAAGUACAGUUGGUCUAGCAAAGAAGACAGACAUAAAACAAGGAUCAGGAACUGAUGAAUCAUCAAAUGUUGCUGAAGAAUUCAAUUUAACACAAAAUAUUGAAUAUAAAUCUGAAGCUGAAAUAAAUUUAACAUGCUUCAUAUUGAUGAUAGAUACAUUAAUUAAACAGUUAGAGCUCCAAGAGGUAUCACAGCAUAAAGGAUUGGAACAAGAAGAAGCUCAAAAAGUCAUGGUUCUAUUACAUGACAUUAUAAAAGCUCCAUGGAUAGGCAUUCAUACAUGUUCAGAAAGUGAGAAUGAUAAAGAAGAUGGCCCAUGCUUAUUUUGUGAAAUGUGUGCUGUUUGGUAUCAGUUAGCUAUGGUGUUAAUGGAAUAUUUUUGUCCUGUAAUGGAAGCUACUAUGGCUGAUAUUCCAACUGAUAAUCAGAGAAUACUCGAAUCUCCAAUUCAUAUAUCUCAUGCUUGGAAAGGUGAAGAAACAAAGCAUAACAUUGAAGAAAGAUCAACAGGAAUGAAAACAAUUGAAGAAAAGCAAAAUUGGAAUUUAAGCCAACAAGAAGAUAUUUCAAAAAGACAUAUUAGUGAAGAAGGAAGUCAUUUUCCUAUUUUGACUGCAACUGUUGAAGAAUGUGCAACUGAAUUAGAUACUGUUGCCAUCAUGCCAACUGAACAAGUGGUUACUGCUCAUGCUCGAGCUGUUACAUUAACUGAAGAUGACGUUGCUAGAGCAAAGUGCACUAUUGUUUCUGCAACAUUAGUUGAUGAAAAUGAUCAAACAGUAACUAAUCUGAAAGAAAAUGAUGAUGGAUUUUGGCAUACAACUCAAGGAAAAUUUAAAUUCACAUUAGAAGAAUUACCUCCUCAACUUCAAUUAAUUUAUGUUUUGUUAAAGGAAUUAGAUAACAGUAAAGAUGCAGAUAUUCUUUAUCAUAUACUCUCCUGUUUGAAAUUAAUGUGUCUGCAUUCAGAAGUACUAAAUAAAGCAGCACAUGAUCACAGAGGAUUUUUAAUUUGGUGUCAGGAAAAUUUAUUAAUUCCUAAUUUAUGGAAUCUUUUACAAGCUGAAUUUUCACAUAUAUCACAGUUAAGUGUUCCUCUUCUGUUACAUUGUAUAACAUUACCUUGUGGGACAGAUAUGUUUUGGAAAGUUGUUGAACAUGAUUUUCAUAAUGAUAAUUGGAGAGCUAUAUUUGCAGCAGUGGAAAAAGUAUCAAUGAUUGCACACUUUGUUGAUUCUGCAGCAGUCAAAAAUAGUCCUUUACUGCAGUCAUCUUUAGCGAAUGCUUUUACGUAUUUGGUGAGGUGUUUGGAUGAUGUACAUCAAGUUAUCGCACAACGUGCUCUAUUAAAUCUUGAAACAAUUAAAACAUCAUCACUCAAGUUGUUUCUUUGGUGUUUAGAAGUACAAUUUGACACUGUAAUAGUGGAUAGGCCAAUAAUAUUACAAACUGUUUACCAAUUAUAUAAUCAUUUAAGUGAUCGUCGUUUCCUUACCUGGGAUUUUUUCUUAAAUCGUUUUGAUACAUUGUUUCUUGAAGCUCAGAUUAAUUUAGAAAUGACAUACACAAGAGAUUUGAAGAAUACCAAUAUUUAUAGCGAGAUGUUUCAGCGUAAACUAAGUCGUGCUAAUGAAGCACUUUCUCACAAUGCACGAUCUCGUUCACUUAUUUCUAGUAUUGGCUCAAAAUGGCCUUACAAACGAGCAAUGUCAGCUCCUGGUGGAAUGAUUUCAAAGCAAGAAAAAUGGGUAGACAAAGAUAAAAUAUACAGUAGACAGUCUUCUGCUCCUGUGUUGAAGCGCAAAAGUUUUAAACUUAUAGCGGGAAUUCAUGGUGGACCUUUGACUCAUUUACCUAACAGCUUUUAUUCUGAUAGUCAAGGGAAAGAAUUGGCACAGGAGGAAACUCAUCUACUGCAUAUAAUACAAAAGUGUAUGGAUAUGGAAGAUCAUGAUAAAGAAACAUCACAUCUUUUGAUAUUUGUUUUGAUGCAUUUUCUUGCAACUCCUGAUCAAUCACAUCCUUCCGAAGGAAAAGUAAUUGGGAGAAAUCAGCAUUUAGUUCUUCGUCAUAUUAAUUUGUUGAUGGGUUACAGUCCAACAGAAAAAGGCUUUCUCAUUCCACCUCAUAAAUUAAGGUACAUCUUAAAUGAUUUUUAUUGUAAUAGUGAAAUUUUAGAUUUUAAUUUUAAAAUGGGAACAGUUCUUCUACAGAUAUGUCUGCCAGUAUUAAUAUAUUGUCCUUCUCCACAAAGAUAUUCUCAUGAGCCACAACCUCCAAAUUAUUCUCUGUGGCUUCUUCAUUCAUAUAUUCGUCAGUCAUGGUUAUUAGCUGUUAUGGUUAUUAUGUAUAAGUAUAAUUAUACUUUACCCCCUCAAUCAAAACAAAUUGAAAUAUUAAUACAUAUUAUUCUGAAUACUUUGAAUUCUCAUCAGCAUCAGUGUAAAAAUAUUAUUGAACCGAUUUUUAGUCCAGUUCAUUCCAGAUCACGAGAUCUUAGCACUACAUUUGAUUUAGAGAAUAUCCAAGAAAGAGGUUCGCCUCCUUUCGAAUCCUCUUUAACAGCCGAUGAAAGCAAAGUUUCAGUAGUUGGCUCUCAAGCUUAUUAUUUUAAAUUAGGAGGAUCCGAUGUUGAAGAAAAUGAAUUUGAUAAAGAUAAUCAAAAGUUCACUAAUGAUAAAUCUGAUCGUCAACAAUGGAAGAUAUUGAAACCCUUAGAUACAAGUUGUUCUAGUGAUGGCGAAGAUAUGGAACCAGAAUUAGAAGCAAUACCAGAGAGUCCAAAGUCUGAAACUUCGGAUACAAAGAAAGUUAUGGAAUGCUGUGAAUUUAAAGUCAUUCCAAGUGAACAACUAACAGAACAAGCUACUGUUAAAUUGGUAUCUGAAAAAACAUCCGUUUCAGAAAAAGUAACUAUUUUAGAUCCACUUGUUGAAUUAUCUGCUGAAACACAAGUAAUUGUAGACAAAGGGGAAGAAAAGAAGGAAGCCACUAAAGCAAAUCUUUUGGAUCUCUCCCAAAGUAAACUACUGUAUGUUAAUAAAGGUCUUUUUGAAGAAAAUCAUAAAAGUAUUAAUGAACCACAAAUUAUUGAAAAAUCAUUGCAUGAGCAUAUGGAAAAAGAUUCAGUUGAUAAAAAAGAAAAUAUCAAUCAAAAAUUAGAUGCUGAGGAUGAAAAAUCUAAUAGUAAAAUUCUAGAUAUUGGUUCAAAGAAUGAUCAUCAACCAGUUGUAAAAGUUGAUAUUUCAUCUGAUUCUGUGCAUGAAAAUAGAUAUGAAAUUUUAAAAAGUCAACAAAUUUCUGAUAUUUCGUCUCAUCACAAUGACAAUAUAAUGGAAACUUCUGCAGCUGUUAAAGAGAAAGAGGAUAAAGAUAUCAUUUCACUACACUCCAAACCAAAAUGUAUUUUAACUGAUGAAAACAAAGAUUUAGUACAGGAAUUAAGUGAAAAAUUAACUGACAAAAAAGUACAAACCAAAGAUCUCACAAGUAAACAAGAAAAUAAAUCUAAUUUGAGUGAUGAAAAUUUCAAUAGAAGAGAGCAAUGUUUUUCAAGUAAAGAAAAGAUCUCAACAACAACUCCAAAUGACUCAAAUGUUAAUUCCAGAGCUCUUACAAGAAAACUUUCUCGAGAAUCAUAUAAAGAAUCCAUUUCUCAAGCUAAUCAAAUGUUAAAUGAAGAUGUAAAGAAAAAUAUUCAACCAACAACAACAACAGCCAAACCUUGGAAAAUAAAUUUCCAUUCACCAAUUGCUCUUCAGUCAUUUAUGCCUAGGCCUACCUUAGAACGUUUGUUACCUAUUGGUUUUACAAAGGAAUCUAAUGUUCAGAACAUUAAUGAACUGGAUGAACCUAAACAUUCUGAUGAAUCUAUUAGUUUAGAAACUUCUGCUGCAGAGGAAACUCAAAUAUCUCCUGAUUCAAGUUUGAGUACCUUACCUGAGUUGAUAUCAUUACAACCACCAAAACCUCAAAAUUUGGAUGUGCCAAUUCCUGAAAGACUUCUUCCAGUAGGUACAGUCAAGAAAGAAAAUGAAAUGGAUGAUCAGUCAGAACCAACUGAAGCAGUAGAUGUAUCUAAAUCUGUUGAUACUGAAGAUAAAUCUGGAAAUAUUGAUGACAAAACAAUUGAUAAAAAGGAAGCUGAAAAUACUGUUGGGAUUAGUAUUGAUACUGUAGAUUCAUCUGUUGAGAAUAAUAUUUUAUUAAAGAAAAAAUUAUCAAUAACUUUAGUUAAAUCAGAUGAUGAUAAACAAAUAAACUCUGUAUCUAUAUUGCUAGAUGAUAAAGCACAAGUUAUAAAUGAUGAAAUAGAAACUCAAGUCCAAAGAGAUGCUAAUGCAGAUUUAAAAAUGGGUAGCAACUUGAAAGAGACACAAACAAAUCAAUUAGAUAUGAAAAUUGAGAAUACAAAAUAUGACAUUUUGCAUCAUUUGAAUAAAAUGGAAUCUAUAGAAAAUGAAACUGUUGAGAAACAUGACCAUAAUACUCAUAUUUUGGGUUUAACAAAAGAAUCUAAAGAAAUAUCUGAUGAUGAUAAGUUUAAAUUUGGUGAAAUACAUGUACCAUUUCCAUGUUUUAGCAAACAAGAUAGCAUUGAAGGUAAAACAAAUGAAGGAUCCACUCUUAUAGCUGAAGAUAGGAUUUCUGACGAUACCAAAGGAAGAUUACAUUAUCGUCAACGAAAGCAAAGGAAAACUGGACAUAGCAAUGUAGAAACGCAGAGAGGUGAUAUUCAUCCAGGGAUUUCUAGACGGAGAAAAACUGACUGUGCAAAUGUUGGAACUAUGGGAUAUUCAUCCAAACGUUCAAGUACAAGUCAACCUUCUAGUGGACGUUAUCCUGAGGAGAAGAUUCUUGACAGAUGUAACGAUUGUGGAGGACUAUUAGAAGAAUACAGUGAUGAAGAACUCGGGCUAUGCAUCAUCAUUCUAUCUACAUUUGUACAUCGAGAACCAGCAUUAGCUGCACCGCUACUCCCAGAGAUGCUAAAAGCCGUUGUGAGAAUUGCGUCUGGUUCAUUGUACACAUGGCAGACUGAAAGCAACACACACCUACCUGGAAGUGCAGUCAGUGUAGCUAGACAAUUUCUACGUUGUACUCUGCACCAAUUAGCACCAAAUGAUAUAUUUGUACAAAUAUUCCAGUCACAAUUUGAUGUUGAAUUCUUCAAAACAAUUGCAGCUGCUCUAGCAGAUUUUGCUGAACUAAAUCAAGUUUCUCCAUUAUUAUUUUUAUUUGAGAGUUUAAAUGAAAGAAAACAUCUCUCAUAUGACACGGUCUCUUUUAUCUUGAUUAAUAUAGACAUAUAUUUGAAUUGUCUACCUGUUGAGAGCAACAUCUUACCUUGGAGUGUUUUUUUGCCACAGUAUGAGAUCUUUCUACGAAAAUUAUUGCUCAUAUUACCAAUUGGAUCCUGUGAUUUAACUCCUGCGAUAUGUAUUACCAAAUCUAUAUUGAAAAUGCCAAUUAUAAAUAGUUGCAAAUCUAUCCUAGAUCCGUUAUCAAAGAUUCUUUGCCAUGCUAUUCAGUAUUCUUCACUACAUUAUACUGACUUGCUGGAUAUAGUUCAACUCUGUAAUCGCAACCUUGCAAGAGAACGUGAUAAGCAGACUUUGGCACGCACAAUAGUUUUCGAACUAGUACAAACAUUGAAGUUCAAAUCUACUAUUCCUGAUGAAAACCUUUUAAUUCUUCUUCAGCUUAUUUUACAAGAUGCAGGAGGAGUACUUGUUCCAAAUGUUAUUGUUGAUAACAUUUCUUCAGAUAUGCAAAACAUACAUAGUACUGGACUAAGUGAAUGCAUGCGUCAGCAUUUGAAUGAUGCUUUGGAGUUUGUUGCAGAUGUUCAUGCUCUUACAAAGCUCAAGAGCAAUUUUCAUGGAACUUCCAAUCAUUUAAAUGAAGAAACUCUAGGAGGUCAGUUAAAAUCUGGAGUGGCUCAGUAUCUUGCUAUCGAAAUAAGUAAGGGCAAUGGACGAGACAAUCGUGCAAUCGGAAAAUAUUUACCAUGGCUUUACCACCCUCCAUCACUUGUCCAGCAAGGUCCUAAAGAAUUCAUAGAUUGCGUUGCACACAUUCGUCUUCUAUCAUGGUUACUACUUGGAGCUCUUAUGCACAGUGCACUGCUACAAAAUGUAGCAAGUUUUCUCUGUCAACCCGUACCAAUGGAAGCCAAUGGACAUAUUGCCGAGCAUAUUCAAGUUAUACUUGCAGGAUUUGCUGAACAAUCCAAGGCAUCAGUGCUUCACAUGUCUUCUCUCUUCCAUGCAUUUAUUUUGUGCCAAUUAUGGACAAUGUAUUGUGAACAUAUGAUAUUUCUCAAUCCUCCUGGAAGUGAACAAAAUCAGAUGUAUUCAUUAAGUUUGACAGAUUUUUGGGCCAAAGUCACUCCUGGAAUUCUUCAACUGAUAUGCCAUUCAAAAGUGGAAGGAAAUUUUCAGUUGGCAGAAAUGGUUAGUUUGCAUUUUCUUAGUUUAAUGGAAGCAUUAAUGGAAUGCAACUCAACAGUAUUAGCUCGACUACUACCUAUGUGGACUCCAGUUUUAUAUAGUUAUCAAGGACAGCUCCCCGGUCACUUACAAGUCCGACUACACAAUUGUCUCAAUUGGAAACCUCCCGUUCAGGGUCAGGAUCUGGCAAUGACAUUAUUGAAGUGGCUGCAAAGACUACAAUUCAAAAUGGGUCAGAUUGAACUCCAGUCGUCCGCAGCUACUCAAUUUUAUUCCUUAUGAAUGUCCUUCAAAAUAAUUUGGAAGAGCAGUUCGUUGUUUUAGACUAGUCAUUAUGUCUGUGACUAUGUGAUACAGAAACGUAUAUACAUACUAAAAUGUGUUUAUUUUAACCAAAGUGUCGAAGAGAGAUUCUAUUUUGUGCCAAUUCUGCAACAUUUUUCUUCCAUUUUAAAUGCUGCAUGGAGAUGCUUUUAAGGAAAUUCUUUUAAACGACUAGAAAACCCGCACACAUAUUUAUGAAUUGCCAAACAAUUUGUGUCUUCCAGACCGUCAAGAACAAAUUUUAAUUGCAGAAUUAAACGCUACAAUAACUCCGACAGCGCUUUAGAAAUGCCAGUUAAGCAACAGUAUUUUCAUGUGGUAUGAGCUUAUUUUAAAAUCAUCGU